AUGCCUUAUCCUGAUCACGAGUCUAUUUCUUCUUCUAACAAUCGGUUGAUCAAUGAGGCGUUAUCUUAUGACCAAAAUACUAUGGAAGAUGAGUUGAAUAGUAUGUUAGUACUUUUAACAGACGAGCAACGUCAUGUUUUUGAUCAGAUUAUGGAAUCUGUUAGAACGAACAAAGGUGGUGUGUUUUUUCUUUACGGAUAUGGUGGCACCGGUAAGACCUUCCUUUGGAAGACAUUAUCGGUAGCAAUUCGGAGUAGGUCUGAAAUUGUUUUAAAUGUUGCUUCAAGUGGUAUAGCUUCUUUACUACUUUCGGGAGGUCGAACAGCACAUUCUCGAUUUUCCAUCCCUCUGAAUCUAAAUGAGGAUUCUGUUUGCCGCAUGAAGCCUGGAUCCGAAGUUGCCGAAGCUUUACCAUUUGGAGGAAAGGUAAUUGUAUUUGGUAGUGACUUUAGACAAAUUCUUCCUGUUGUUCCUAAUGGUUCUAGAGAAGAUAUCGUGAACGCUUCAUUGAACUCAUCAUAUAUAUGGAACAAAUGCAAGUUACUAACGCUAACAAAAAACAUGAGGCUCACAGUUGGCAUGAAUCAUGGUGAUAUUGAGAAGACAAAAGAGUUUGCUAAAUGGCUUUUGGAUAUUGGCGAGGGAAAAGUUGGUGGUCGCAACGACGGCGAAGCUGUUAUUGAAGUACCUGAAGAACUGUUGAUUACUGAUUCCACUAACCCUAUUGGUAGUCUGAUCAACUUUGUGUAUCCUUCGAUACUUGAAUCUUUCAAUGAUCCAAAUUAUUUUCAACAAAGAGCGAUACUUGCUCCUAAGAAUGAUGUUCUUCACAAGAUAAAUGAUACCUUAUUAGCAAUGUUUCCUGGUGAUAAAAAAGAGUAUCUAAGUUCUGAUUCUAUCUGCCAAUCGAAGAACGUAACUGACCAUAUUUGA